CCCCCCCCCCCCUUCCUCUCUCUCGUUCUAUGUGCUCAGAGAUGCAGAGUUUUAGAGAGAAAUAGAAACCGACUGUAACAAGAUUUUGUUAUUGUGCAAAAUCUGUGUGUGAGUGAGUGACUGCUGUACUUACUCAACUAUCUCUGAGUUUAUAUGAGGAUGCGUGAAGUGAAGCAAAAACACAAAUCCACGUCUCACUCUCUCUCUCUCUCUCUCUCUCUCUCUUUCUCUCUCUCUCCCUCCUGUGCAAGCCAUGCUUUGAUGUUGUUGUUGCUCAGUAGAUGAAGAUCAUCAUCUUUCCAUCAUCAUGAUAAGAUAGCCUAGCCUCUCCUUUUCCACUAUUUUCUCUCCACCCACAAGAUUAAUAGCCACAUAGAUUAAAAAAAAAAAAAAAAAAAAAAUUUAGCCACACCCAUCUCUCUCUCUCUCUCUCUCUCUCUCUCUCUCUCUAAAGAGCUUUUUCCACUCAUGGCUGAGGGUUUCGAACCCUACCAUGUGCCUCAACAGAGCAGAAGGGACAAGCUCAGGGUCCUGGCGGGUCAAACCCAACCGGGUUGCCUCCAACCCGGAUCACCAUCUCCUCCUCCUCCACAUCUCCACCACGCUUUGCUCCCUCUUUCAUACGAUCCCACCACCACCUUCAUCUCCUCUUCCUCAGGUUUGCUCACGUGCGCCGACCCCGCCGUGAAAGAAGAGGGUAGUCAUCAUCACGUGAUCGACCACUUGAUGGGUUUUGCUUCCAAUUCCACCUCUUCUACUUUUCGCCACAACAACCACCACCAUCCCUACAUGGAUCCACAAUUCCCUCUCACUCCCACCGCCGCCGUUCAAGAAAUCAACGCCAACCCAUUUCUGUACCCCCCUCAAAACCUCCACCCCCUCAGAGAUUUCGACCACCAGCAACCUCCCUACGACAAUCAAGUAGUCGUCUUCAAACCAGAGCCUCUCUCUUUGUCCCUCUCUUCUUCCCAACCCACCAACCAGCACACCCAGCAAACCCAGAACAACACAAACAACAACAAUCUCCAGAGAUUUUCUUCGCCUGGGAUUAAUUAUGAUUCACUCCAUUCUGGCGUUAGUGUUGCUUUUGUCCCUUUUGGACCGUUCACGGGGUACGCUUCGAUUCUGAAGGGAUCUAGGUUUUUAAAGCCGGCGCAGCAUUUGCUGGAGGAGUUUUGCGAUGUGGGCAGUCGUGAAAUUUACAGCGCAAAAGUCUUGCCGCUGGAGGAUUCCUCCUUUUUUGACCCUCCUAUUGAGAGCUUUGGUGACGACGACUCACAGAUGGCUGGGGGAGACGGCGGUGAGAGUAGAAGGCAAAAUUCCAGACUAAUUUCCAUGCUCGACGAGGUUUAUAGGAGGUACAAGCAAUACUAUCAACAGAUGCAGGCAGUGGCAAGGUCAUUUGAGUAUGUUGCUGGGCUUGGAAAUGCUGCUCCUUAUGCAAACUUAGCGAUAAAAGCCCUGGCUAGACAUUUUAAGUGUUUGAAGAAUGCUAUCACCGAGCAGCUUCACUUUAGAAGUCGGAAUGCUACUCAUUUAAGACAUGAAAAAGAUGGAAAUCCAAUACUUCAUAGCAGAAGUGCUAAUGGCCAGAGGUCCCUUCAUAACUCUGAGUUUCUGGAGCACCAGCCUGUUUGGAGACCACAAAGGGGUCUUCCUGAGCGCGCCGUUACUGUUCUUAGGGCCUGGUUGUUUGAACACUUCCUGCAUCCGUAAGUAAUUAUUGAGUUACUUGACAGUUUGUU